ACCAGGGUCCCUUUUAUCAUCUUUUGGGUUUUUUUCUUCCUCCCUUCCCCAACCUUAUGUGGUCCGAUUUCUCUUAUCUUAUCGCAUUCAAUCCCCAUCUGUUUUUUCAUCACUAAACCUGGUCACAUCAAAAGCUUUAGUACUCCUUUUCCCUUCUCUCUCAACUAACUUGGAGGUUCUUUCUUUUCCCUUCCCCACUUCGAAAAGAUUCCAAGGGCAAUCCAGCCAAAGUGACCAACCACCUUCCUAACUCUUCUUUUUAAUUCCUACACCUCCCUCUAUAUGUAUCUUAUAGUUUGUCAGGAGCUCAAAGCCCCAAACUCAUCAUCACCCUUUAUUUUUCCUGAAUUUUUUUGCAUAUGCUAUAGUAAGUCCAACGAUGCCACCAGUACAUUCUAGCCCAUACUUCCAAAUGGACAAUCAAGCCAUAUUAUCAUUGCUCCGGCACCCUGCAGGCGAGAAACGAUCAAAAUCUAGUAGCAGUGGGCUUCUUAAAAUGUUCAAGCUCUUCCCCAUGUUAACCUCAGGCUGCAAGAUGGUUGCACUAUUAGGCGGACCUCGUAAAGCUUUACUCAAGGACAACGCCACAACAGGUACCAUUUUUGGUUAUCGUAAAGGUAGAGUUAGUCUAGCCAUCCAGGAAGAUCCUCAUUGUGUGCCGAGGUUUGUUAUAGAGCUACCGAUGCACUCAAGUCUAUUUCACAAAGAAAUGGCAUCGGAUAUUGUAAGAAUCGCUUUAGAGAGCGAGACCAAGACACAUAAAAAGAAACUAUUGGAGGAGUUUGUUUGGGCUGUGUAUUGUAAUGGAAGAAAGGUUGGGUACUCUAUUAGGAGGAAGCAAAUGUCUGAUGAUGAGCUUCAUGUUAUGCAACUUCUGAGAGGUGUUUCUAUGGGUGCUGGUGUGCUUCCUUGCCCAAAUAAUGAGAAGGAAUCAGCUGAUGGGGAAUUGACAUACAUAAGAGCCAGAUUUGAGAGAGUGAUUGGAUCUAAAGACACUGAAGCUUUGUACAUGAUUAAUCCUGAUGGUGCAGCAGGACCAGAAUUGAGUAUUUUCUUUGUAAGGGCUCUUUAGAGAAUUCGUUUGUGUGACAUUCUAGGUGUUGUUUGUAAACUUAAUUUUUCUUAUCAUAAGCACCAUAAAAUUAUCCUAUUGACCUCUUUUCCUGUUCUAUGCCAAGAGCACACAUGUUGAGGUCAUGCAGUUUGAUGGAGUUGAAAAUCUAGAAGAAAAUUAAUCACUCUGCCUGGAAAUUUUUAUAUCUUGUCGGCAUGCCUGCAGAGCCACUUUCACAGGCUCCCUGUUACUUGUGUAUGUACUGAUACAACAUUCCAUGAUUAAAUUUCUACCUUGCAAGUCUUA